AUGGCACCAACCACAGUCCUCAUCACCGGUGCAAACAGAGGCCUAGGCCAAGGUCUUCUCCAGCGCUAUCUCGCCCUCCCAAACCACACCGUGAUCGCAGGCAACCGCGACCCGAACCACGCAACAUCGCAAGCCCUCAAUGACCUACCCAAAGCCGACGGAAGCAAGCUCAUCGUCGUCAAGAUCGAUGCCACCGUCGAGAAGGAUGCCCACGACGCCGUGAAGGAGCUACAGGAAGCCCACGGAAUCACCCACCUCGACAUCGUCAUCGCCAACGCCGGCAUCUCGUACGCAUUGCCGACAGUCGCUGACCUCAAGAUCUCCGACCUCCAGGCGCACAUGGAGCCCAACGUCUAUGGUGUCGUCGCGCUAUAUCAGGCUACGCGACCGCUGCUGCGCAAGUCGUCCAAGGAACCCAUGUUUGUGCCGAUGGGCUCGACUGCUGGAUGUAUAGAAAACCAACCUCCCAUCCCGAACGCCGCCUACGGCCCCUCCAAGGCCGUGGUAAAUUGGCUCACGGUCAGAAUGAAUGCAGAAGAAGACUGGCUCAAUGCCUGGGUACUGAUCCCCGGCUGGGUCCAGACCGACCUCGGCAACGCUGGUGCUCGGGGUCUGGGUCUGGAAAAGGCACACAUUGGCGUCGAUGAGUCGUGCGAUGGCAUGAUGGGGGUUCUUGCUGCGGCGAGUAAGGAAAAGUAUGGUGGCAAGAUGGUGGCGUAUAAUGGCAACUUUCCUGCGUGGUAG